UGUAGCAGCAGCUAUCAUGUGCUUCAACCAGUCUGUUUGCUUCAUGACUCAUGAAGUAACACACACACACACACACGCACACACGCACACACGCACACACGCACACCGCUCAGUCAGCGUGAGGAAACGCUUCGCUGAUUCAAGCUCCACGGAGCGCGUGUUGUCUGUGUUUCCACCAGCAGCAGCAGCUUCACUGUAUGCGGCACCGAACCGAACCGAGCCGAGCCGAGCCGAGGUAAGAGGAGGGAGGAGAGGACCAGCAGAUACUGACGGACCGGACCGGGGAGGAGAGGAGGAGGCGGUGGGAUCAGCCGUCAGAAGACUGUGAAAACACGGACGGAGGUGGAGGGGGGCAUGGAGGAGGCACCGCCGGGGCACGAGCCGCUCUGAGCCCACCUGGGAGUGACCAAACCGGUGUGGUGGUGGAGGGGAACUGGUUGGGAUGGCAGCAUCCAGUAACUCCAGCCUGUCAGGUUCAUCCCUGUCCUCAGACCCUGAUGAUUAUCAGCCACCCAUAUGGAAGUCCUACUUGUACCAGCUACAGCAGGAAGCCCCAAGACCAAAGAGGGUCACAUGUCCUCAAGAGAUGGAAAGCAGACCCAAGUACUACGGCAGAGAAUUUCAUGGAAUGAUCUCUCGAGAACAUGCGGACGACUUGCUGGCAGGAACGGAGGGUGCGUACCUCAUCAGGGAGAGCCAAAGACAGCCGGGGACGUACACCUUGGCCUUAAGGUUUGGACCCCAGACGCUCAACUACAGGUUGUUUUACGAUGGGAAGCAUUUCGUUGGGGAGAAGAGGUUCGAAUCUGUCCACGACUUGGUGACGGACGCCCUCAUCACCCUUUACAUCGAGACCAAGGCGGCGGAGUACAUAGCCAAAAUGACCACCAACCCGAUCUACGAGCACCUGGGCUACACGUCGCUGCUCAAAGACAAGACGGUGCAUCGGCUGAGCCGAGGACGCACCGAGCCACGCAGGGUCACCUUCCAGAGGGACGAAAGGAUCUCUUCUCCUCUGGUGCGACGGAGUGCCUUGAAAGACACACCUGAGAGGCAGAGUUCCUACGAAAAGAUACACAACUUCAAGGUGCACACAUUUCGAGGGCCACACUGGUGCGAGUACUGUGCCAACUUCAUGUGGGGCCUCAUUGCCCAGGGCGUCCGCUGCUCAGAUUGUGGGUUGAAUGUACACAAACAGUGCUCCAAACUGGUUCCCAGCGACUGCCAGCCAGACCUGCGCAGGAUAAAGAAGGUCUACAGCUGUGAUCUCACCACGCUCGUCAAAGCGCACAACACCACGCGACCCAUGGUGGUGGACAUGUGCAUCCGGGAGAUCGAACUGAGAGGGAUGAAAUCUGAAGGUCUCUACAGGGUGUCGGGCUUCUCGGAGCACAUCGAGGACGUAAGGCUGUCGUUUGAUAGAGAUGGUGAGAAGGCGGAUAUCAGUGCCAGUGCCUAUGCAGACAUCAACAUAAUUGCUGGUGCUUUGAAGCUCUACUUGAGAGACCUUCCUAUUCCAGUCAUUACGUUUGACUUGUACUCCAAAUUUAUUCAAGCUGCAAAAAUUCCUAAUGCUGAAUCCAGACUGGAGGCCGUUCACGAAGGGCUGCUGCAGCUUCCCCCGGCGCACUAUGAAACCCUGCGGUACCUGAUGGCUCACCUCAAGAGGGUAACGAUGUUUGAAAAGGACAAUUUAAUGAACGCGGAGAACUUAGGGAUUGUGUUUGGUCCGACUCUGAUGCAGCCCCCGGAGCAGAACGCCUUGACCACCCUCAACGACAUGAGGCAACAGAAACUGGUGGUGCAGCUCAUGAUCGAGCACGAAGACGUCUUAUUCUAGAGACAAUCCUCGUGAGGAGGAGAGACGGACAAUUAUUUAUUUGGCGAAAGAGGAAAUUCAAGUGAAGACUCCAGAAACCGUUUGUGAUGAAGCUGAACUGGGAACGCUUCUUCUUAGCAUGACACGUUUAGUUGAAGUUGGUUUGACUUUGUCUCGUUACUGUACUAUUUUUUUGUGAUCUCAGCCAUCAUCACCCUUUUUUUUUAAAAUAGGAAAGAACGGUGAAGUUUUAGCUCCUGUCUCAGUUACUACCUGGUGUAGAUCCAGUCAGGAUGGCAAAAUAAAAAAAUAAAAAUAAAAAACUCCACGUUGUUGUGGGAUUAAAAGCUGAACAAUACAAUCAGCAUCCUUUUAUUGUAGAUAAAACAAGAUGGUGUCAUGAACAAUUCUUACUGUGUAAAAAAGAGAGAGAAAUGAGACAAAUUAAGCACUUUUUUGCAUUAAAUGUUUUUGUAAAAAUGUUUUGUAUUUUUCCCUUGUAUGUCCUUAAGAAUGUUCAGUGAGCAGUUGUUCUUUGGAUCCAUCAUUUUCUGCGCUCAACUCAUCCYGUCUAACUGAAAACUGCAACAAACUUCCCUGCACACGUUUGUGCUGCGAUGUUUCCUUGCAACAUGCUGCAGUCUGGGAUAUAUUUAUGUGAAAUAAAAGUGUCUAAGACAUUUUUUUUWAAUAUUGCCAGUAGCAUUGUUUGAUGCAGCCAGGGUUGUCAUUUACUUCUUCAAACGCCACCAAAAAAAAGAGCUGCCUGUGCCAAGCAUGCUCCUCUCCUACUUGAUUUCUUAUUAUUGUGAUUAUCAAAUACUUUCUACAGAUCUGUUUGAUCCAAAUGUAUUUUUUCGAAAGCUGCAAUUGAAAUGUAAUUUAUGAAAUGAUGUUUUAUUAAAGGAUAAAAAAAAAUCUUGAGUUUAA